GCGCUCGCGGUCCGGGCUGCGCAGCUGCUGCGGUGGCGCUGGAGGAUCGCGGUGCGGAGCCGGGACCCCUUCUGGGCGCCGCGUCCGAGCGGGAGGCUCUCUGCAAACUGCGCCGAGCCUGGGUAACGCGGACGGCCAGGCGGUGGCCCCCGGGGCGCAGGCGCGGACGGGCUUCUGCGAGUUGACCGAGGCUGGACAAACUUUCUUGGCAGCACCGCACUUUCCCUGCGUCCGGCUCUGCAGCCUGCGCUGGGGCCGGGGCCGAUCGCCGCGUGGACCCGCCUUUGCCCGGCCGGGCGCGGGGCGGCGGGUGCUGCGCGUCUCGGGGGCGCCCGGAGCCCCGCUGUAAGCGCGGUGGUCCUGUGCCCGGGUGACGGCGGCAGGUGACCGCUCUUUCCCUCCGAGAGACCACGCCGGGGGCUCUCGGCCUUUCCUUUCCGGACGGGCCGGGGCCGUGGGCGGCGAGGGGCCAGCGCUUGCGUGCGCCCUCCUGCCUCUCCAGGGCCUUCCCUCCCCGGCUGGUGCUUGUGCGGCCUCGGAGAUUCAGCUUCCUGUAGCUCUUGAAAAGAUUCGAAAGUUAAGAAACAGAAACUCAGAAGGUGAAAGGUUGCAUUACUGGGGUCUCUAAGGACCCUUCCCUCUCUCUGAUUCUCUGUAAAAGCACAUUUUCAUUCCAGGAUCUCUGUUUUGUUCUUUAUAUUGGAAGACAACACAGCAGCUGUUAUUUCAACACAAUGAAGCCCAGAGUAAUUAACAAUCUCCUGUGUUCCUUUUGCCUGGCUUUUUAUUGCCUCUGCCAUGCUGAUAAGUUCUUGAAGAGUGGCAACCAUGAGUGGAAAAAACUGAUUAUGGUUCACCACUGGCCGGCCACAGUGUGCAAGGAAAUUGAAAAUGACUGUACACAGCCUCCGGAUUACUGGACGAUACAUGGAUUAUGGCCUGAUAAAGCUGAAGAUUGUAAUGGAUCGUGGCACUUUAAUUUAGAUGAGAUUAAGGAUCUUUUGCCAGACAUGAAGAAAUACUGGCCUGAUGUGAUUCACCCGAAUCGCAGCCACUUCUGGAAGCACGAAUGGGAGAAACAUGGGACCUGUGCAGCAGAAUUGGACACUCUCAAUUCCGAAGAAAAAUACUUUGGUACAAGCCUGGAUCUGUUUAAAAAACUAACCCUAAGUGGUGUGCUACAAAAAUUGGGGAUAAAACCGUCUCUCAAUUACUACCUGAUUUCAGAUAUUAAAGACGCCCUCACUGGUAUAUAUGGAGUAGUACCUAAAAUUCAGUGCCUUCCGCCAAAACAGGAUGAGGAAGUACAGACAAUUGCUCAGAUAGAACUGUGCCUCACCAGGGAGCUCCAAUUACGAAACUGCUCGGAGCCCGAGGAGCUGCGUCCACACGGGCAAGGAGACUUGUUGGCCGGUGUGGGUCCCGUGUUGUCCGUCUGUGAGGAUGGCCCAGCCUUUUACCCUCCCACACCAAAAGAGCAAGCAUGGAUGUCAAAAUCUAGGAACUAUUCUGUGUUCUGAAAAGCAAGAGAACAUCACCAACCACUCUGCUUUUUAAGAAAACAUCUCCAAAGCUAGACCUCAUGUGUACAUCUCUUUAACAUAAGCCUGUUGGCUUCUUCUGUGAAUUGAUUUUUGGGGUUCGUGUUAUAAAUGGAAUGAACUUUGAGCACAUCAAAAGAAAGGAAAUAUCUCAAGCCCGAGUAGCCUGGCUUGUGGUUGAAGUAAAGGUUGCAGAUGAUCUUUCUUUUUUCUUUCUUUAGCUCUUCAUCUCAUUUAGAAGCUAAAGCAGGCCUCCCUUGAGUUUGGGCAAAUGGUACAGACUGAGGAAAAUUGCGUGGGUGUGUUUUCCUUUUGGAAUAUCUUGCCUUCCUAGAAUGUGGUAAUCUUGUCUGGACAGAGAUCUGUUGGCAAACAGCAGCCCGGGCUCACACUGGAGUUGAGUGGGGGGCGUUAGCGGCCCUGGCUCAGUGUUGACAGUUCUCUGUACCCUGCGGUUAAAGAUUUUUGAACACUUCUUCCUUGCCAGUUUCUCUGUUUUUUUGUGUCCUGGCAUGAGGAAAACUGUGUCUUCUUAGGACCCCAUAGGGCUGGGCAAGGAGAAAUGUUCUGGUGGAAGGAUAUAAGGUAUCUUCUCUGUUAACUUCUUCCAGAAGUGUGCCCAGGUUUAAAACAAACAUGCAAACAAAAAAAGCUGGCUCCUCUCCCCCACUUUUUUUUUUUUCCGGAAGAGAUUUGGACUGUAUUUACCAAGUGAGCCAGUCCGAUUUCCCAGUACUCAUUGGGCAAUGCUUUUCUGGAUUGCUACAUCCUUUCUUACCUGCAAACUCUGAAAGCUGUAGGUUUUUUUACAAUUGUGUUUUACUUCUUUUCUAUCUGAAGAUAGUCUGGGCCCUGGGGAAGAUUUAGGUUACUGGUAAGAAUUUUAACAUUGCUGUAAUUGACUGUGGCCCCAAUUUCUAUGUUUCUAUCCUGAGAUACUGUAUUCAAUUUGGAGUGUGAAGAAUUCUUUACUUUUAGAUGGUUUUUCUUCCUGCUGAUGGAGCUCCACAGGCUUUAAGUAACCACUUGAAGUAAGCAUCUUUACCUGCUGUGAUGGGAUUUCAUUGUAAAAAUCAGGGUAGCUAAUGGUCUGUAAAACGAAAUACCUUCUGUGCUUUAUUAAAACUAUCUUUUAACAUUA